CACGCCAUGCAGGGUGAUGCGUCUGGCUGGGAAGCAAUUGGUUCUCCUCAGCUGAUGCUAUUCCCGCCUGUGCAAAGCUCCGGGAUUCAAGCGUCAGAUCCCCGGCAUGACGGCGGUGUUCCUCGCCCUCACGACCGCGCUCCUGUGGCCGAGCGACGGCCACUCGUCACUUAUUCAGCCGUUCGGCGACUGCGCCCAGAGCCGUGGCUCAGGCGCCUUGUACCGGGGCGCGAUAGACGUCACCGAGUCCGGCGCACGGUGUAUGAACUGGAGUGAGGUGGGCGGCUUCACGGAGCGUCACCCGGGCAAAGGCGUCGGGGAGCACAAUCAGUGCCGGAAUCCCGACGGCAGAAUCCGAGCCUGGUGCUUCUUCCGGAACCAGAGAGGGAGAGUCGAUUGGGGUUACUGCGACUGUAAACAAGGUUCAGUGCGUUUGCAAGGAGGCCGCUCCAAAUUGGAUGGCAGGGUGGAGGUCUACCUGGGCGGAGUGUGGGGGUCCGUGUGCAGCGACGGCUGGCGAGAUGAAGACGCUGCAGUUGUGUGCAGGCAGCUGGGCAAGGGCCUCUCAGGUCGGUCUCAUGCUCUCCCCCUGUCUCGUCCGAGCAUGGCUAAGUUCCACUGGCAGGCUGUCCGCUGCCAGGGAGAUGAAUCUGAUCUGCUUCAGUGUCCCAAAUCCAUGUGGAAUGGAGGCGAGUGCUCCAUGACUGCAGCCGUGACCUGCUCGAAGCAGCACGAUGCAGUGAUGCUGCCUAUACGGCUGGUAGGGGGCCGGUCGAUGUCUGAAGGGACAGUUGAGGUGUUCCAUGCAGGCCAGUGGGGCUCCAUAUGUGAUGACCAAUGGGAUGACAGUGAUGCAGAGGUUGUAUGUCGACAGUUGGGGCUGAGUGGUGUAGCACGGGCAUGGGGCCAGGCGCAUUAUGGAAAGAGCUCUGGCCGUGUGUGGCUGGAUGAGGUGAGAUGCACAGGAAAUGAACUCACCGUGGAGCAGUGUCUGAAAAGUGCUUGGGGAGAACACAACUGCCUCCAUUCCGAGGAUGCCGGCGUCUCUUGCAGUCCUUUGACAGAUGGUACCGUUCGGUUAGUGGGUGGGACCGUGGGCUACGAGGGACGCUUAGAGGUCUUCUACCAUGGACAGUGGGGAACAGUCUGUGACGACGGCUGGACAGACUCAAACACUCAAGUAGUGUGCCGUCAACUCGGUUACAGGUUAGGCCAAACUCUGGUUCCUGAAGGACUAGACAUCACACCGGUCCCUCGCUUCGGGGUUGCGUCUGGUCCUAUUCUUUUGGAUGACGUGAGCUGCACAGGCAGAGAGCCCAGCCUAUUGCUGUGCAAGCGGGAGGAGUGGCUCCGUCAUGACUGCACACAUCAUGAAGAUGUUAACAUCGCGUGCAAUGCAGAACGCCUCGGAGACGGGCUUCCGACGAGUGUCACAGUGAGGCUGGUGGGAGGAGAAAGCCCCAGAGAAGGGCGGGUAGAGAUCUAUCUGUCUGGUCAAUGGGGUACAGUCUGUGAUGAUGGAUGGACUGAUCGGGAUGCUGAAGUUGUGUGUCGACAGAUGGGAUUCAGCGGGCUAGCCAAGGCUCGCGUGAUGGCAUACUUUGGCGAGGGUGCGGGGCCAAUCCACGUGGACAACGUGAAGUGCAGCGGAGACGAGCGCUCCAUCGCCGAUUGCAUCAAACAGGCGCCCGGCACGCACAAUUGUCGUCAUAGCGAGGACGCCGGAGUCAUCUGUGACUACGGUCAACUCCAGACUGGUCACAAAAAGGUCAAAGCUCCAGUCAAUCAGAUUUGCGGGCUGCGGCUCAUACACACUCGGCAGCGUCGAAUCAUCGGAGGAGAGAACUCUUUGAGGAGCGGCUGGCCGUGGCAGUCCGCGAUCCGUUUACGGGGGUCCAGAGGAGAUGGGAGGCUGGUGUGUGGUGCGACUCUAAUUGACACCUGCUGGGUCCUCACAUCAGCACACUGCUUCAAGAAGUACGGAAACAGCACCAAGCAGUACAAAGUCAGAGUGGGUGACUAUCACUCCCUCGUCCCCGAGGAGCACGAGGAGGAGUACGGUGUGGAUCAGAUUGUCCCGCAUCCGAGUUACCGCUCCCACAGCAACGAUUAUGACCUGGCCUUGGUUCGGCUGUCACCGGGGGCCGUGGGCCACACACCGGGAGAGUGCGUGUCAUUCAGCCGUCACGUCCUUCCCGCCUGUUUGCCCCUGAGGAAGGAGAGAGUGCUCAAACAAGCCAGCAACUGUCACAUCACCGGCUGGGGUGAUACAGGCCGCUCAUACUCCAAGACCCUCCAGCAGGCGCCGCUCUCCCUCCUUCCUCGCCGCCAAUGCCAGCAGUAUUUCCACGGGGCUUUCACCAGCCGCAUGCUGUGUGCCGGCAGUGUCCAGCAAGAGAGACGUGUGGACAGUUGCCGCGGCGACAGCGGAGGGCCUCUGGUGUGUGAGCGUCCGGGAGGAGGCUGGGUGGUUUACGGGGUCACGUCGUGGGGUCACGCUUGUCGGACGCAGCAGUCGCCCGGGGUCUACACCAAAGUGUCCGCCUUCAGCUCAUGGAUACACAAGGUGAUGACACAUAAUGAGGGGAAACAAAGAAGCCAAUAGUUAAUUCACUCCGGCUGGUGAGAUGAAUGAGGGUCACAUGACCCCCCCCCCCAAAAAAAGGACAUGUCAGUUUUUUUUGCUCCACAAAAGCAUGUCUUCAUCAUAAGCACUUAUUCACACAGGCCGCAAAAUACAAUUCUGUGUCAAAAAUGUAUUUUUAAUGUUCUGUAUUUUGUCAUUAAGUUGUAUUCUAACAAGAUUUUGUGAUGUCUAUUAAUGUUUAACGGGACCACAGGUACUAAAGCAUGCAUGCGUGAACUGAUUGCACAAGUUUCUGCAGAUUUGCACUCAAUCGUCUGCGCUUUUUGUGCUCGCUUGUCUGACCAAGGGAACCGGCUCAUUUCAUUUGUUGGUCAUUUUAAAAUUGCUGUCACAUUUUUCAGGGCAUCAUAACCUAUCAGUGUUUGUCUUAAACAGGAUCAAACAUGACUAAAAAUCAAAGCACAUAUUAGUAUUUUUACCUGUAUUAUAAUUUUUACAUAUUGACUUCCUGGUAGUGCUGGAAGAAGUCAUUCACAAUGGGACAAUCUGAUACACUUGAAAAAGUAUGAAUGCUGGCUCCUUAUUUUGAUGAAUGAUUUAAUUUCAAUGUAUUGUACUGUGUAUUAAUAAAUUUAGUUUUUGUUAAAAAAAACUUACCUGUUUGCUAGUUUACAUUUAGGCCAAACCAUCGUGCAACACUUAAGCGCUGGUGGCGUUGUGCCACCAAGGAAUUAUAUUGGUGGACAAGCUUAAUCUAGUUUAGCCAUGUCACAAAUGAGUGGAGCAAGCGCAACCAAAUGCAGGGAACAGAUUCUGCCCGUGAGCCUCCACACAAGACCAGGGGGAAAAUGAAAGAGCAGCACAGGCCCACAAAGAACAGACGGAGACAACACUAAAGACCGACGGGGAGAAACACACGAUUUAAAUACAUCAGAUAACAAGAGGGAGCAGGUGACAGAUAUUACAACAAUGAAGGGGUGUGGCUGAGGGAAGCUCUUUCUGCUUCUUGCUGCAAAAUACAUAAACAGAUGAUAUAUGACACCCCCCCCCCCCACACACACACACACACAUGUACACACACAUUGUCUCAGUCCGUCUUUCCUUCUCUCUAUGUCAUUGCUAUGUGGCACCUUGUGUACAGGAAUAGGUGCCAUUUUCACAUUCCCCAUUUAGUCGAACAUGGUAACACAUUUAAAAAUGGGAGUGAGCGUGACGACGACAAGCUGACAGUUGCCCUGUGUGGCUCUAUGACCUCUUUUGCAAAUGUGGAAUUCUGUGAUAAUGUCCUCAAUAAAAAUCAAUCUCUGUUGUGACAA